UUUAUUCUUCUUCUCGUUUCCCUCCUGAACCAAACAAAAGAUUUAAAGAAAUUAUCUCGUUUUUAAAAACUAAAAUCAUGAUAUAUGCUUUGUGUUACUGGAAUUAUCGAAUAAAACUAUGAAAUAUAAAAGGAGCCUCGUUGUAGGCCAGUGAGGUCACUAAUUGCAGCGCGUGAAUUAAAGGAAAAUAGUCCAAAUUCUGCACAGAUUUUGGUUUAUUUUUGUUUCUCAGAGCGUCUUUUUUUUCCACCAAACUCUCCAUUUUCAUCGCCUCUGUGUCAAGGAGAAGCUUUGCUAUUCAUGUCAGCACACUAUUGAGUUGAUAAGAUGGAUCAUUUAGUCUCCUCCCUGAUUCUGUCUUCUUCUUCUUUUUUUUUUUCUGGAUCCUCUCAGGCCAGAAGCCCGCGGCUCUCUGGAAACCUGCCAUGUGACAUUUGGCUGCCAGCGCUCCGUCAGAAGGUCAAAAGGGGCCCCGGUGCACAUUUAAUGGAAAUGCAGAAAAGCGGUACAACACACAACAACAACAUCCACCACUUCUUCAGCGAGUCUUUGCGUCAUCAUCAUCAUCCUCAUCAUCAUCAUGAGGAUGUUGUCAGUGACUGCUUUGGCUGCACGCAUCCUGCAGCAGCAGCAGCUGCGCACCGAGUGGACACGUUGCAGCUUCCCCGGAGGUCAAAACAACAAAACGCUAAGUUUACUAUGAGCAAAAAGAUUUUCCCCUGGAUGAAAGAGUCCAGACACGCAAAUCAGAAAGCAGGAAGCAGGAGGAUGGCAGACUGCACCGUCAACGAGAAGUGUCCGAGCGCGUCCCCGACCUCCAAGCGGACGCGCACCGCGUACACGAGCGCGCAACUGGUGGAGCUGGAGAAGGAGUUUCACUUCAGCCGCUACCUGUGCAGGCCGAGGCGGGUGGAGAUGGCCAACCUGCUCAACCUCCACGAGAGGCAGAUUAAGAUCUGGUUCCAGAACCGGAGGAUGAAACAGAAGAAGGACGAGAGGGUUCAGGGCCUCCCCAACACAUCCAACACCACCACCUCCUCCUCCUCGCCCCCGUCUUCCCCCUCCGCCCCGGGCAGCCCCACUCUAUCGAGCCUGGGUUAUGUCCAUCUGGGCGGGGAUUACCAGCCGGCCUCCCCUCCGCUCAAAUCCCAACAACACCAAUCCCAGUCUGCGUACCCGGCAGAAUACUCCAAAUAUCCGGCUUCAGGCUUCACGCACGGCCCGCAGUUUGACGCGCAGUAUGACACGCACAACAACAGCAGCAGCACCGCUAACCAAAACCUGGAUCUGUCAUAUUUCUCUCAGAGCUGCUCUCCUCAGGACAGAAUCAUGCAAGCUCCAAAACUGACUCAUCUGUAGCAGACAAGAUGUUGAUUUCUGGAAACUCCUCGAC